AUGUCGGUCACUCAGCCGGUCAAGGGCAAGACUGCCAUUAUCACCGGAGCUGGUUCAGGAAUCAAUCUUGCCUUCGCGGAAUUGCUCCUGAAAAACGGCUGUAAUGUGGUGAUAGCAGAUCUCGGCCUUCGCCCUGAAGCACAAGCCGUGGUCAACAAAUUUAACGGUCGUUCAGGAGCUGCUAGGGCUGUCUUCCUGAAGACAGAUGUAACAGACUGGGUACAGCUGGAGGAGCUGUUCAAGGUUGCCGAAAGAGAGUUUACUGAGAUUGAUAUCGUCUGUCCAGGUGCAGGAGUCUAUGAAGAGCACUGGAGCAACUUCUGGCGACCCCCUGGCUCCCCAGAAAGCCGCGAUGAUCCGCGAGGGGGACGGUAUCGUCUGCUUGAUAUCAACAUAACCCAUCCAAUUCGAGUGACUCAACUAGCAAUCUCACAUUUCCUACGACACCGAAACUCCAGCAAGCGCAAGCAUAUCGUGCACAUUUCAAGUAUAGCUGGACAAAAUCCGUCAAUGGCAGCGCCUAUAUAUGUGGCAACGAAACAUGCAAUCAGCGGCCUGGUCCGAUCUUUGGCUAAAUUGGACCAGAAAUUCGGUAUCCGCGUUACAGCUGUGGCACCUGGACUGAUCAAGACACCUCUGUGGAUGGAACAUCCCGAGAAACUGAAGAUGUUCAAGGAAGGUCAAGAUGUAUGGGUCACGGCUGAAGAAGUUGGCGAAGUCAUGCUGGCCCUGGUUCAGCAGGAGGAAAUAUUGAUUCUCAUGAACCAAAAGCUGAUUAAGGGAAGUAGGAGGCGAGGCAAGCGAGAUGUCUUUCACGGAGCGGCCAGCUGGACGAGCAGUGUCAUAAAUUUAGUCAAUACAAUCGUCGGCGCAGGCGUCCUCGCUAUGCCUCUCGCGAUCGCCCACAUGGGAAUAACCCUCGGCGUCCUCGUUGUGAUAUGGUCAGGAGUCGCUGCUGGAUUCGGACUUUAUUUGCAAGCCAGAUGCGCUCAAUACCUAGAUCGGGGAUCAGCAUCAUUCUUCGCUCUUUCGCAGAUCACAUAUCCCAACGCCUCAGUGAUCUUCGAUGCUGCUAUCGCCAUAAAAUGUUUUGGAGUCGGCGUGAGUUAUUUGAUUAUCAUUGGAGACCUCAUGCCAGGAGUUGUGCAGGGGUUCGUCGGGGAUGCACCUACCAGUGAUUUCUUAAUAGAUCGCCAUUUUUGGAUAACGGCUUUCAUGCUUAUCGUUAUCCCCCUUUCCUUCCUUCGCCGGCUCGAUUCCUUGAAAUAUACCAGCAUUGUCGCUUUGAUCUCAAUUGGAUACCUUGUCAUCUUGGUUGUCUAUCAUUUCACCAAAGGGGACACGAUGGCUGACCGGGGCCCGAUUCGUGUCAUUCACUGGGCAGGAAUCGCACCUGCCUUGAGCAGUUUCCCGGUCAUUGUGUUUGCAUAUACCUGUCAUCAGAAUAUGUUCUCAAUUUUGAACGAAAUCAGUGAUAAUAGCCAUUUUCAAACUACAAGCGUCGUAUUCGCGAGCAUUGGCGGCGCCGCAUCGAUCUAUAUUCUCGUCGCAAUAACAGGAUAUCUAUCAUUUGGAAACAAUAUCGGCGGAAACAUUGUCAGCAUGUAUCCCGCAUCAGUAUCCGCUACUAUUGGCCGAGCCGCAAUCGUCGUUUUGGUCAUGUUCUCGUAUCCGCUCCAAGUACACCCUUGCCGCGCUUCGGUGGAUGCGGUGCUGAAAUGGCGACCAGCGCGAACAAGCAAUGGCAACGAUGUCUCGCCUCAUAGAUUCCCUCUUCUGCCGAGGGCUAAUCGCGGCGGACCUGAACCUAUGAGCGACCUUCGCUUUGCAGCCAUUACCUCGACAAUCAUUGUCCUGAGCUUUACCACAGCCAUGACUGUGACAUCACUAGAAGCUGUGCUGGCCUACGUCGGCAGUACCGGAAGCACCAGCAUCAGUUUCAUUCUUCCGGGUCUUUUCUAUUACAAAAUCUCCUCUCCUGAUUCAGCGGCGCACCAACAACUAAUGAAAGAAGACGACGAGGUCCACGACGACGCCAUUUCGGACGACGAGGUCUCUGGAGACGAUCAACAACAAGGUCUGUUAAGUGGAAGCGGUAUACUCUCGUCAAGCGGUAUUCUACCCGGAAGCCGAUUGAAGAAGACUCUGUUACGACGACUCAGUCUUGCGCUCUCGAUAUAUGGAAUUGUUGUCAUGGUGGUCUGUCUUAGCAUGAACAUAUUCUUCCAUGCAUCCAAAUAG